UUUUCAUGUGGAUAGCCUCAUUGGAAAUAUAUUUACUGAAAAAAAAAUGCUGAUGCGUUCAAUACUUAUUUCCCCCGCUGUAUAUUCUAAAUGUGAAUUUUGUCAUUGGUUUGGAGCACACUAGCUUAGAGAUAACCUUAAGGCUAACAUAUUCAUGCUGUAAUCCACAAAGCUUCAAUUUUGAUUUCUUGGAGACUUUACCUACCAGUUCCAUGGUAACUGUAUGUUUCUGUGGUUACAACUGUUAAUUGGCAGCACAUUAAUUUGAAGAACAGUGAUCAAACUAACUGGAACUACCUGUGCAUCCAACGGUUUGAACAACGCACACCUUCCAGCCAAUCAGAAUCGAGUAUUCAGACAGACCAUGAUUUAAUCAGUUAUAAGGCAUGAAGUGGGGUUUUUUUGGGGAGGGUGGAAGAACACAACGUUCUGCCGCCUUUGAAAGUCGUGUGGUGUGAACUUAGCCUUAGGUGUUUAUUCCUUAGUAAACUACUUGAAUAGGUAUAAAUUCCCCGCGUGUUUGUCUCUAUUGGCUUUCCAUAUCAGAGCGCUCCUAAAGCCGCUCAUCCUUCUGUAGAGUCACAUUUGAGGAGCAGCAGCAGGACAGAAACAUCAUCAUUUCUAACACAGCGCCUGGGUUAAUAUCAGUAAACCGUUUAUGGUGGGUCUUUUUCCUCUCACUGAGGGAAACAUGGCAGCGCGGGAAAAUGACACGGAUAUCAUUUCUCUGUCUGAGACUCGAACGGAAAACGGCUGCUUUCGUCGUGGGAAAGAGAUUUUCUUGCUGGAUUAACAAAGUGAAGGACAAUUUUAUUAAUUAAUACGCAUUUUCAUGUAAUUGUUACCGAGAUUCAGCACCGAAAACAGCAGGUUUGAUUACUCUCUUUGAAUGCUAAUCUAUUCAAAUUACUUCAGUCAAUUGUUACACUAACGUUAGCUGGCUUUGAAAGAACUGUGAAAAGAAAAAAGCAUCUUCAUUCCACAGCUUGGAGACAUUUUGAAGAUAUUUCUGACCUUCUGAGGUCCUGAGGAAAGAAAGUUGUGUAGCAGAAAUUGAGAAAAUCCCCCAAAUCCCCCAAAACAAAUGUGAAACGGAUCUCAAACAGGGUCACACCAUUCAGAAAUCUAGCUUCCAAAUAGUGUGGACAAGGUAAUCCCUACUAAUGACAGAGAAGCUGCAUCACAUCACAUCACAUCACAUCACUGACUGUAACUAGCAGCACUAUGGCGAAUUGAUCUAUUAUCAAACCAGCAGCACAUUCAGACGUGACAUUUGUGUAUGUUUGAGUUUUGCAUGUCGAGAGAUGCUGCUGUGUGACCGAGGCGUGCAGAUGCUCAUCACUACAGUGGGCGCUUUUGCCGCCUUCAGCCUCAUGACCAUCGCGGUGGGUACAGACUACUGGCUUUACUCCAGAGGAGUGUGUAAAACCAAAGUCAACCAUGAAAACGAAACGAGCAGGAAAAACGAAGAAGUGAUGACCCACUCCGGAUUGUGGAGAACCUGCUGCCUGGAAGGGACAUUCCGUGGGGUGUGUAAGAAGAUUGAUCACUUUCCUGAGGAUGCUGAUUAUAAACAGGACACAGCUGAGUAUUUACUGCGUGCACUCAGAGCCUCCAGUGUGUUUCCAAUCAUGAGUGUGGGUUUGUUGUUUAUGGGCGGAUUGUGUGUAGCAGCGAGCGAGUUUUACAGGAGCAAACACAAUGUCAUCCUCAGUGCCGGAAUCUUCUUUGUCUCUGCUGGUCUUAGUAACAUUAUUGGGAUAAUUGUCUACAUCUCGGCUAACUCAGGUGAUCCAGGUCAGAGUGACUCAAAGAAGAGUUACUCGUACGGUUGGUCCUUUUAUUUUGGUGCUCUUUCCUUCAUCAUGGCUGAGACAGUGGGGGUGCUUGCUGUGCACAUGUUUAUUGAAAAACAUCGCAAGCAGCAGCGUGCCAAGACACUCGUCAAAAAGUCCAGUCUCGGCUUUGGUCGCAUCCCCACUUACCGUUAUCGUUUCGGGCGCCGCUCCAGCGAAACACCAUCACGCGAUGUCCCCAUGUUCACGCUCUCACGCGACUCUGACAAAACUGCCGCAGGGAAGCUGCUUGACUCUGACAGAGACUUCCUGCACAACUCUAAUGCUAAGGAUGCAGCCAAUCGGAGAACAACACCAGUGUGACAUGGAUGACUGGUGAAAAACAAAAGAUCCAGGAAGUGGUGUCAAGACACUCAUAACUUCACAGAAGGACAGAAAUCAAUCAGCAGGAACAAAGCACACAGGAAGUGACAUCAAAAUAACUUUAAAUGCCUUCUCUCCUUAUA